CUCCCCCAUCAUAGACUUCCACUACAUCACCCCGAAUAGAGGUGCUCUCAGAGUCCCGACAGAGUCAGCAUGCUCAAGAUUUACCUGCAGGACAUCCAGCCUAUAGCCUUGUUGAUGGAAUCCGUAGCAGCUAAAGAUCUGGCCUGCCUCCUGGCUGGAUACUGCAAACUUCUGGUGGACCCCAAUAUCAAUGUGUUCCGCUGGGGACCCAGACCUAAAAUGCGACGCAUUCCGGCAGAAGAAGGGUAUGUUUCUCUCGUGUGGAAGCGAUUCAGAAGACAGUUCAGAGGAUGACUUACGCCAUGGAGGGACUGCUGGACACUCAGCUGUCAGAGGACCACUAUGUCCCACAAAUACAAAUGAUGGCACGGAGGAAGGAGAGGAAGCUGAGGGGAAAAGUGAAGCAGAGGCAGAAAAGGUCAGAGUGAUUGUAACGCAUCCCUUUUUAGAGGUCGAAGGAGAUGAGGCAAGCAAGAGAGAGUCUGUUGGAGAUGAGGAUUAUGGCAUGACAAUGGAUACCCUUUUGGAGACAGGUUGGUACUCGGACCCUCGAGUCAACAGCAGCUUCUCCAGUUUGUUCCUAGAUAACUCGCUAAAUGCACUGGAGGAGACUA